UUGCAGGUGUCCCAGUGAAAAUAAUGAACGUCAGAGGCCUUGCAGACCUGAAGAAGAAAAAACCCUCCAAGGGCCCGAGGGGGACGGACGCCGGUGUCCCAAAACCCGCCGGUGACUUCUUCAAAAAACCGGAGGGGCCGUCGGUUGGCCCAAGUGCUGAUGCUGCCGCUGCCGCCAAAAGGAAGGGCUCGGGCAGAGAUCCCGAGGGCAAGAAGCCCAAGACGGGGGAUGCCGGGAAGAAAGUCCCCCCGGUGAUCAUUGUUGAUGAAGGCCCUGCCUCCGGGGCGAAUGAGGACACGCAGGUGGCGAAGGUGCCGCCGGGAGUUCAGGGGCCAUCUUCCGAGGUCCUCAUGGUUUCCCUCCCGGCUGGUACGGCCGUGAUGAACGGUAUUGCCGACCCGAGGGCGCUUCUGAGGGGCAUCACCCUCGAGAUUGACAGAGUAGCCCUCGGGGCUGAUGAAGACGAAGCCCUCGAGGACAGGAUCCUCCGGUCUUCCCACACAACCUGCAUUGCCCUCGGGGAGCAAGCCCGGCGGCUAGAUGAGUGGCGCCUUCGCAAGGCCGAGCAGGAGGCCAAGAUGCGGGAGCUCAUCCGCCAGAAUGCAGACGCUGUUCGACAGAUGGCUAUGCUGGAGGAGAGCCUUCGGCAGAUGACCCUGCGGGCGGAGGCCACAGAUCGGGGUAGGGCAGAAGCCGAGAGGUCCGCAGCUGAGGCCUUGGAGAGAGCUGUCAAGGAAGCCGAGGCCGCGAAGGUGGAAGCCGUCGAGAGAGCCCGAGGGGACGCAAUCUCGGGGUUCCUGGCAGGGGGGUGGCGGUCCGAGGAGCACAAGCAAUGACUGUCCUCGGUCGUCGAGUCCUCGGUCGACGAGUGGUGUGAUGGGCCUGGCGUGGAGUGGGUUUCCCGAAAGGGUAAACAAUACUAUGAUGGGGGCGAGUUUUUCACUCAAGCCCUCAUCUACCGGAGGAUGGCUCGCCACUUAAAGAUCGAGCCAAAAGACUUUGACCCGGCAGCAUACGGGCUCCCCCUGCAGCCAGACAUCCGCGUUCCUCUUCCCCCCGAUGUCGAGAGGCCAGACCUGGAGGACUCUGAGCUCAUGAAUGAAGCCGAGGGCGACGAACCUGAGGCCGACGCAGAAGUCACCUCGAAGCCAUCGGGGGAGGCGGCCCUCGGGAAUGACA